GAGGAAGGAAAAGGCCGUCUGGGGUAGAGAGAAAAGUUAGUAAAAGAAAGAUGUGCUUCAUGAGCGAUCAGGCGCUGCUUCUGCCGCCUAAAAAAGUGAGGCCACUGAGGAUUAUGGGAUUUGUAGUUUCAUGGGGCAUUUGGUUGGAAGAUGGCGGAAGUAGCAGCUGCGCAAACGCAGAAGCAGCUUUAACUGCGCAUGAGCCCCAGUCCUGGAAGCCCGCCGCCGGGGUGGCAACGCCGCUAGUCCUCCUUGUUCCAGAAGAAAAUUCAUCUGAAACAGAGGAGCAGAGACUUGAGUUGUCUGAAAGGGACUUCUUGGCUUUCCCCUCUCUGUUGAUCAGAGGCACAAACAAAGUGUAGCUUCUGAGCUGAAUAAUGACAUCAUUGCGAAGCAAAGAAGCAUGUGGGAAGGGGCCAAAGAAAACCUUUGCCCCACCUGCACCAAAAUUGCAUGGCCUGAUGUGCUAUAGCCCUAAACCACCCAAAGAGGACACUGUGAGGAUCAGUUCCCCAAAGGCCAGGUUAGAGAAGAAGGAAGAGAAAGCAACCACAGAAAAUGGUCCAGGCAGUGGCCAGGAGAAUAAAGGAAAACCUCAAGACAAGCAAGUAGAGAAGAAAGAAAAGGAAAGAUCAAGUCUCACCAGUGCAGAAUUUGAGGAGAUUGUCCAGAUUGUGCUACGGAAGUCCCUCCAGGAGUGCUUGGAGACUUCCCGUGCCCAGCCCUUAAGAUGCACCCAGUUAGACAAGGAACCAGGAAUUGCUUCUUCUACUGAUAAUGAUAAUGCUGAUGGAGAGAGGGUAAUGGUACCUCAUAUUCUAGAGAUUUCAGCCACUAAGGAAGCUGGAGUAAGCUCUGUGAUAAAGACAUCUAAGCCAGGCCAGCCAGAUCCUGCCCCCUCUGAGAAGAAAUGCAACAGACCUUCCCAAAGCAAAGGAAAGAAGGGCGCCCAAGAUGACAAAAUGGAAAAGGUCCAAAGUACACACAAGCAGAGACAGAAGGACCAACUGAAAAAAACAGUUCAAGAUGAUUCUCAGACCAGGAACCAAGAAAAAGGAGAAGGCAGUGGUUUUGGUCAAUGUCUUGUCUGGGUCCAGUGUUCCUCCCCAAACUGUGAGAAGUGGAGGCGGCUUUGUGGGAACAUUGACCCCUCAGUGCUUCCAGAUAAUUGGUCCUGUGACCAGAAUACAGACUCGAGGUAUAAUCGCUGUGACAUCCCGGAGGAGUCCUGGACAGGGCGUGAGAGUGAUGUGGCCUAUGCCUCCUACAUCCCAGGAUCCAUCAUCUGGGCCAAGCAAUAUGGUUACCCCUGGUGGCCAGGCAUGGUAGAAUCUGAUCCUGACCUGGGGGAAUAUUUUCUUUUUGCUUCUCAUCUUGAUUCCCUGCCGUCUAAAUACCACGUGACAUUUUUUGGAGAAACAGUCUCUCGUGCCUGGAUCCCAGUCAACAUGCUGAAGAACUUCCAGGAGCUGUCCCUGGAGCUAGCCAAAAUGAAAAAGUGCAGGAACAAGGACUGCAACCAGAAGCUGGGAGCAGCCCUGUCGAUGGCUCAAGAGGCAGAACAGAUCAGUAUUCAGGAACGGGUUAAUUUGUUUGGUUUCCGGAGCCGAUAUAAUGGAUCUGACAGUAGUGGGGAAGGAAAAGACUUAAGGCUCUCUGGGUCUAGCAGCCCAGAUUCCUGCCUGGAGAAAGAAGAGGAAGAUUCAGAGUUGGAGGCAGAGGAGUUGGAGGAGGAGGAAGAGAAAAAAGACCCAACUUUGCCCAGUCCCAAGCCAGCCAAAAUUCAGACCAAAAAACCCAAGGCAAGAGGCCUAGCAAAUGGACGAGAUGGGACCCUGCAAAAGAAGACAAUGAAGAGAUCUCUGGGAAAUGAAUCUGCAGCUCCUCCUGUAUCCGUAAUACGAAGGAAAGAGGGGCAUGGGAAACCGGAGCCUGACCAGCCAGGCCCUAAGAAAAAAUUUAAAGCUCCUCAAAGCAAAGCCUCAGUAACCAGCUUGUCUGAGGACGAAGAAGCUAGAAUGGUACCAAAGGACCUGACCCCACCAGCUCAUCGUGGGUCCUGUCCCGUGGUGGGGAAGGAAGGCUGGAAGUGUCCUCAGGAGGCUGGAGGUGUCCCCCCUGACGAUGACGCCUCCAGUGACCUGGACCUGGAGCAGUUCCUGGAAGAUGUUGGGAUAGAGCCAGAGCGGCUGGAGGAGCCGUGGUGUGGAGAUGCCGCCGGGGAAUUCACCUUGGCCUUCUUUGAGGAAUAG